AUGGCCACUUCAAAGACAACAGUUCCGGAAACGUUCGUGGAGCUCAAUAUCUGGGGCCAGCAUAGGACCAGUAACAAGCUUCGGAACAAAGCACAACCAGGAUACUCUAGAGCAAUAACAGAUCCCGAAGGAGACAAUGUCGUGAUACAACAAUUGUUGCCUGCGGAUGGUGGCCUAGCCGCAUGGAGGCUGUUGAUAGCAGCUUUCGUUUUCGAAGCAUUGUUAUGGGGCUUCCCCAUCUCCUUUGGUGUCUUUCAAAACUUCUAUUCCAAACAGCCAGAAUUCGAAGGAAGUUCGCAGAUUGCUCUCAUUGGUACUAUGGCACAAGGACUGUGCUAUCUAGGUGCACCAGUAUCUGCAGUACUCACUAAACGAUUCCCCAAGUACCAUCGGCAGCAAAUCUGGGUUGCAUGGCCAAUAUGUAUCGGCGGCCUAGUCGCAGCAUCUUUUACGUCUAGUGUUGGAGGGUUAAUUGCGACGCAGGGCGUAAUGUACGGUCUUGGAUUUAUCAUCUUGACCUACCCCAUCAUUUGCAUGAUCGAUGAGUGGUGGAUCCAGCGGAAAGGCAUGGCUUUUGGAGCUAUCUCCUGCGCAUCAGGAGCGUCUGGUGCAGCGAUGCCUUUCAUCACCUCUGCUUUGCUCGAGAAGUAUGGCUACAAGACAACUCUUCGAAUAAUUGCAGUCGCGAUGACACUGCUCACUGGGCCUCUGAUUCCUCUGUUGAAAGGACGGCUACCACCUUCUGAGCAAGGAGCAAUCGCCAGAGUCGACUGGUCCUUCCUCGAGAAACCUCUCUUCUACAUAUACGCCACUGCUACUCUAGUCCAAAGUCUUGGAUUCUUCUUCCCUGCCAUCUAUCUCCCCACAUAUGCUACGGCUGUGGGUUUGAGCGCGACAGAAGGUGCUCUCAUUUUAGCCACAAUGUCCAUAUCUCAAACGUUUGGUCAACUCGCUAUUGGAUUCAUGACUGACAAGAAAUUUCCAGUGGCGGGGCUAGUCAUUGGUUGUUCAGCCAUCGCUACUGUCGCUGUGUUAGCCAUCUGGGGGCUAGCGAAGUCUUUGGGCUUGCUGAUAAUCUUCAGUAUUAUCUAUGGGUUCUUUGCGUCUGCGUUCAGCCCUUUGAGAGUCGGAAUGGGAAAAUCCGUGAGUGAUGAUCCCUCUGCACUGGUGGCAACGUAUGCCAUAUUAUGUUUCUGCCAAGGCAUUGGGAACGUUCUCGUAGGCCCGAUCAGCUCAGCUCUAUUGUCUCAGAGAACCGCUGUAGAUUCAUAUGCAAUUUUCAGAUUUAGGAAUAUGGUCAUCUUCACUGGUGGGAGUAUGUUCCUGAGCGCCGCGGUUGUUGUACCAUGGUUGUUAUGGUCUCAUCGGCCGAGAACUCGUCUCUAUCGCAGUUGA